CUCAGUCAAUCUUUCCUCGAUUCCUCACUCAGUAAUAAUACUGUUCUAUUAACAGAUCCUUACUAUUUACGGACCCCCUUCUUUGUCAAAAGAUUUUGGAAAGAGAAAAUAAAUAGAGACAAAAAUAAACAAAAUGCGAGAUAGUGGAGAUAUUUUGAUGUCCAAAAAGGCAGUAGAUGUUUGACCUCUUCCUUCCAAGACUCCCAUAAUUCAGCUGCCUUUGGUCAAAAUAUUCUAAGAAUCCACAUAAUGCGAGAGAGUGGUACUAUUUUAAACAAGAAAUACCGCUGUCUCAAUUUCCCAAAAUCUCCCAUUUCCUUCUAUUAAUAGUCUCCAUCAUAUCACCAAUAUUGAAUUACCAUAUACUCUAUUCCAAAAUGGCCACCAAACAUCAAUUUCUUUCUUCUGUCUUAUUCCUAGCUCUUGUCCAAACCUCAAUUGCUGGUGGCAUAUCCAUUUACUGGGGCCAAAACGGAAACGAAGCAACCUUAAAAGAAACCUGUGCCUCAGGCAGAUAUUCCUAUGUCAACUUAGCCUUCCUUAACAAAUUCGGAAAUGGCCAAACCCCAGAAAUCAAUCUUGCCGGCCACUGCAAUCCCGCCGUCAACGGAUGCACAAUCGUUGGCCCACAAAUCAAGCUCUGCCAAAAAUUAGGUGUCAAAGUAAUGUUGUCUAUUGGUGGUGGCGUUGGAAAUUACUCUUUAGCUUCCAAAAAAGACGCCAAAAAUGUUGCACGUUAUUUAUGGAAAACAUUUUUGGGAGGACGUUCCUCUUUUAGGCCUUUAGGAAAUGCUAUUCUUGACGGAAUUGACUUUGAUAUUGAGCUUGGAUCAUCUCUUUUUUAUGAAGAUUUAGCUAAAUACUUGAAAACUUAUGGUAGAAUUGGAAGAAAAGUGUACUUAACUGCAGCUCCACAAUGCCCAUUUCCAGAUAGAUUGCUUGGUACUGCUUUAAAUACAACGCUUUUUGACUUUGUUUGGAUUCAAUUUUACAAUAAUCCUCCUUGUCAGUAUACUCCUAAUAAUACUGAUAAUCUAAAAAAUUCUUGGAUACGGUGGACGUCGUCGGUGAAGGCUAGAAGGAUAUUUUUAGGGCUUCCGGCGGCACCACAAGCUGCCGGAAGUGGGUUCAUUCCGACGGAUGUGUUGACCGGCGAGAUUCUUCCGGUGAUUAAGAAGUCGCGCAAGUAUGGUGGUGUUAUGUUGUGGUCAAAAUUUUGGGACGAACAAACUGGAUAUAGUGCUUCAAUUCUGAAAAGUGUGUGAAAAUUGUUUGUGGGUAAUUCAGAAAUAAUUAAAGCCGAAAGGCUAUGAAUUAAGCAUUUGGGUUUUUCUACCUUGCUGAAAUCAUGGUGUCUGUAUUCAUAUUGUACUGUUUGCUCUACUGUUUAAAAGGCAAUUCAAAUAAAAGUAGUAAGACUAAAAAAAAAUGUCCUAGUGGAAUUUGGCUUCUUCCAUGAAAAA